AAUUCACAAACUCACCGAGUCACUUCUUCCGCUCCCACUUCCCACUCUGCAACAAAACUAAAACCAAGAGAAGAUCUUCAAUGAACCAUUGAAAUUCAAUCUCAUCGAAGAUCCAAACAAACCAUGGGUCACUCAAAUCUACCUCCAUCCAAACGAAACCCACGCCAAUGGAAGCUUCUAGACUUCAUCUCCGCCCUGUUCUUCGCCCUGGUACUCUUAUUCUUCUUGUUAGUCUUCACCCGUCUCGGUGAUUCCAUGGCCGCCUCCGGAAGGCAAUCUCUGUUGGUUUCCACUUCGGAUCCCAAGCAGCGGCACCGUUUGGUGGCGUUGUUGGAGCUAGGCCGCCACCAUCAGCCCAUCGAAGCUUGUCCUGCGGAUUCCGUCGAUCAUAUGCCGUGCGAGGAUCCCAGGCGGAAUAGUCAGCUGAGUAGGGAGAUGAAUUUUUAUAGGGAAAGACAGUGCCCUUUGCCUGAUGAAAUGCCUCUUUGCUUGAUCCCUCCUCCUCUUGGGUAUAAGAUUCCUGUUCAGUGGCCUGAAAGCUUGCACAAGAUAUGGCAUUCCAAUAUGCCACACAACAAAAUUGCUGAUAGGAAAGGUCACCAAGGAUGGAUGAAAGAGCAAGGUCCUUACUUUAUUUUCCCCGGCGGUGGAACAAUGUUCCCCGAUGGAGCUGCACCGUAUAUAGAGAAACUUGGACAAUACAUUCCUAUAACUGGUGGAACAAUUAGGACGGCUCUCGAUAUGGGCUGUGGGGUUGCAAGUUUUGGGGGUUCGUUGUUAUCUGAAGGCAUUUUGACACUCUCCUUUGCUCCAAGAGAUUCGCACAAAGCACAAAUUCAAUUUGCUUUGGAAAGAGGGGUACCGGCCUUUGUUCUAAUGCUUGGAACCCGCAGGCUCCCGUUUCCUGCUUUUGCAUUUGACUUCAUUCACUGCUCUCGCUGCUUGAUCCCUUUUACAGCUUAUAAUGCAACGUAUUUCUUUGAAGUGGAUCGGUUGCUUCGUACGGGUGGAUAUUUGGUCAUCUCCGGACCCCCUGUGCAGUGGCCUAAGCAAGACAAGGAGUGGGCAGACCUCCAGGCUGUGGCAAGAGCAUUGUGUUAUGAGCUUAUCGCUGUGGAUGGAAAUACAGUCAUUUGGAAAAAGCCUGAUUCGUGCUUACCAAACCAAAAUGAAUUUGGUAUUGAGCUAUGUGAUGAAUCCAAUGAUCCAAGUUAUGCAUGGUUCUUUAAAUUAAAAAAGUGUGUGACUAAAGCAUCUUCUGUGAAUGGAGAAUAUGCUAUCGGGACAAUUCCCAAGUGGCCUGACAGGCUAAUAACGCCUCCUUCAAGGGCCAUGAUCUUGAAAAAUGGGAUUGAUUUGUUUGAGGCAGACACAAGGCGGUGGGCAAGGAGAGUUGCCUAUUAUAAGAAUACUUUGAAUGUGAAGCUUGGGACUCCCGCAUUACGUAAUGUCAUGGACAUGAAUGCUUUCUUUGGAGGGUUUGCAGCAGCACUCAAAUCUGAUCCUGUAUGGGUGAUGAAUGUUGUACCUGCUAGGAAGCCAUUAACUCUUGAUGUUAUAUAUGAUAGAGGCCUUAUUGGAGUAUACCAUGAUUGGUGUGAGCCUUUCUCGACAUACCCCCGUACGUAUGAUCUCAUCCAUGUCUCUGGCAUUGAAUCACUGAUAAAGGUCCCAGGUUCAAGCAAGAGCAGGUGUAAUCUUGUGGAUCUAAUGGUGGAGAUAGACCGGAUGCUGCGUCCAGAAGGAACAGUCGUGAUUAGAGAUUCUCCUGAAGUAAUAGAGAAAGUGGCUCGGGUAGCGCAUGUGGUCAGGUGGGCAGCUACCGUAAACAAUGAGGAACCCAAAUCACAUGGAAGAGAGAACAUUCUGGUCGCGACCAAAACGUUUUGGCAGCUAACUUCAUCAUCCUCGUGAGACGACCAUUGUUCUUCCUUCUAUAGGUAUUUUUCUUUUUCGUUUCAUUUCUAUUACAAUUCGAAGUCAAGUUGUCUUCUCCUUGCAUCAAAAAGGUGCAAUCUUGUUUGUUGUUCCUUAUUUGGUAUUCAUUUUAUUAUCAAGAAACUGUAGAUUUCGAAAGUAUAAGAAUCUAAAGACUGCAACUUUAUUGUAGUACACACAUAGAUUGCAGUGAGAAUUUGGUUGUAAUUUGAUGCCAUAGAUUGUUAGUAACUUGGUGCU